AUGUCUGCCGCACCGGUACAGCCGCCUCCCAAUGCACCGGGACAGGCACCACCCAAUGCGCCAGGACAGGCGCCGCCUGUCGACUCAGGAAUGGCUAGACUGGAGGACUUGCAGUCAUCCCAAGACCGAUUCGAACACUACUGGACUGGUCGAUACAGCUGGUGGAGAGCCGAGCAUGCUGCAGGCAGACGAAGAGCUCAUUACAUUAAACUCCAGGCCCCAAAGCCGAGACCACCUGGACCGCGCCCUCAAGUCCAGCCUGAUGCGCCGAGAUUGGAUGUGGAUGGCAACAGGGUCGCAUACCAACCGUUGGGGCAGAACAAUUCCCGUAUUAGACUGCUGCGAUAUAUGGUUGACAUACGAAAUGGAAGCUAUCAGAUUAUGAAUUAUAUGCGUCCCACAGGAUUCAGGCUUGUCAAGAUUUUAGGUAAAGGCGGCUUUGGCAUAGCGUGUCUAUUUGAAAUGAGAGAUACCAACGGAAAGACGCACAAGUUCGUGGUCAAGGCAGGAACAGGGAGAGAUUUGCAAACAGAAAGGGCCAAUCUCCGGUUAAUGGCAGGGGCAAGGCAUAUUGUUCAACAAAAAAGAUUACAAGCAAUGCCUGAACCUGAAAGUAUUGAGCGAGCUCCAUCCAGAGCAGGAAACUUGUAUGCCGGGAAUGAUCCUGCAUUUGUGGCACGUUUGUUUGAUGCAAAUCUCACCAUGUUGGGCAUGGAGUUCAUGAAAAACGGUGAUGUUCAUAACUUACUGAGAAAGGCGGCCGCUCAACAAAAAUCAUGGAAAAGUCGGGAGUUGUGGCUUAUCUUCCAUUGCCUCUUCAGAGGCUGCGUUGCAUUGGCAUACCCGGACACUUGGACCGGGGGACGCGAUCCAGAGCGCGAAGACAUUAUAUUACAGGAGGAAGCGAUACCUCUGGUUAAUGAAAAGCCCGCCGACCAAUCUGGUGCAUUGGUUCAUUUCGACCUCGACCCACAGAAUGGUGAUCUUGGUGUUUCUGCAACGUUUCCUGCUCAAGACCGUGUCAGGCUAGAAUGGGAUUAUCUCGACAACAAUUCAGAUCUGCCAGCGGAGUUGACUGCUGGCCAGUAUGAGCUGACGUCGUAUCAGAUAAUGUGGCAACUGAUACUUGGUUUAACCCCUGAUGAGCCACCCCAAUGUUCUCAGCUGGAAGUGGGCGGGGUCCAAGUUUGGACAUACGGUGGGUUGCUCAUGUCAGAUACAUCCGAGGCUGCGAGACGAACAGACCGUGACCUUCGCUUUCUUGUGGCUGCAUGUAUGGCGCAUGUUCCACAAUUUAGGCCUAAUAUGUUGGAGCUGGAACAGACUAUACUUGCCAAAGUCGAUUGUGACUGGACUGAUCUCGAAAAUGACCCCGAACACAAGUUUUCAAUAAGGGACCUUCUGGGUGAGCCAGGACCGCCUCCUCGCAAUCCAAUACCAGUACCACCUCGUACUCGUGGCCCAAAUGCUGGCGGUGGGCCGGGCCAAGGGCCCGGCUUGAACGCUGCAGCGCCCGUGUUUGUCCCCGGAGAUGGUGGGCAACCGUGA